AUGACUUUCAUCCACGCCACCACAAUCAUUGUCGCCUCCACUAUUGCUAUUGUCCGAGGUCAGGGCGUCGGCCUGUACGGCUGUCAAACGCAGGCUGGUAUUACAUCAUUGACAGCGUGCGACGAACUUGCAGCUACAGAAAGCUCAUGCUUCACCGACCCAAAAGCGACAGCCACUAUUGAGAAGUGUUUCUGUAAGCAGGCUAUUCUCAACAAGAUCGUGGAGUAG